AUGAAAGCUGACAAACUACUAAUGGGCAGCAGCACUGUCUUGUUUUGGGCUGUGUUGACGACCCUUUCCACCUUAUGCAUAUGGACUUCAUAUGGCGAGAUCUGCGGCCCCGGCAUCGACAUCCGGAACGACGUCAGCGAGUUCAAGCGCCUGGAGAACUGCACGGUGGUGGAGGGCUUCCUCCAGAUCCUCCUCAUCAAGACCAACAACAGCAAGACCAAGAACCAGGAGGUGUUCCGCUCCCUCAGUUUCCCCAAGCUGACCGUCAUCACCGACUACCUGCUGCUGUUCCGCGUACCGGGUCUUGACAGUUUGAGCACGCUCUUCCCCAACCUGAGCGUCAUCCGCGGGCGCAUCCUCUUCUAUAACUACGCCCUGGUGAUCUACGAGAUGACCAGCCUGAAGGACAUCGGCUUAUACAACCUGAGGAACGUCACCCGAGGAGCCAUCCGGAUCGAGAAGAACCCCGAGCUGUGUUAUUUGGACUCGGUGGACUGGUCGCUCAUCAUGGACGCCGAGUUCAACAACAUCGUGAGCGGGAAUAAAAAGACCAAGGAGUGUGACAACGUCUGCCCGGGCAUCAUGGAGGACAACCCGUUGUGUCAGCAGACCACCUUCAAUAACAAACAGGAGUACCGAUGCUGGACCUCCAACAAAUGCCAGAAAGUGUGUCCCGGCCAUUGCAAGCACGCGUGUACCGACAAGGGCGAGUGUUGCCACAGCCAGUGCUUGGGCAGCUGCACGGAAGCCAACAGCGACACGGCGUGCUCCGCUUGCCUCCACUACUACCACGAGGGUCGCUGCGUGCCCGACUGCCCGCCCGACACGUACAAGUUCGAGGGCUGGCGUUGCAUCACCAUGGACUUGUGCUCCCAAGUGCACCUGCCCAGCGAUGUUCACUUUGUCAUCCACGAGGGCGAAUGCAUGCCUGAUUGCCCCUCGGGUUUCGCACGCAACGAGAGCAACCGGAUGAUGUGCAGCGCUUGUAACGGCUUAUGCGAUAAGAUCUGCUCCACCUCCGUCAUCGACUCGGUAAACGCCGCUCAGUCUUUGAAGGACUGCACCGUCAUCGCCGGCAAUCUGGACAUCAACAUCCGCCACGGAAAUAACAUAGCGUCUGAGCUGGAGAGCUUCAUGGGCCUGAUCCAGACGGUGACGGGCUACGUGAGGAUUCGUCACUCCCACACACUUGGAUCGCUGUCCUUUCUCAAGAGUCUGCGUUACAUCAACGGGGAGGAGCUCAUGGACAAGUUAUAUUCCUUCUCCGCCAUCAACAACCAGCACCUCCACAGCUUGUGGGACUGGACCCAGCACAACCUGACCAUCCGUGCCGGGCGCCUCUUCUUCCGCCUGAACCCCAAACUCUGCACGUCCGAGAUCCACACCAUGUGGGACAAAACCGGCGUCAGCGAAAAACCCGAGGAGGGCGACUUCCGCAACAACGGCGAAAGAGCCAGCUGUGAAAGUCACGUCCUGAAGAUCUUAUCCAACAGCACGUCCAGCGACACCAUCCGUCUGACGUGGGAACGCUACCAGCCGCGGGAUUACAAAGGCCUUAUCAGCUUCAUGGUCUACUACAAGGAGGCCCCUUCUCAGAACAUCACCGAGUUCGACGGUCAGGAUGGUUGCGGCUCCAACAGCUGGCACACGGUGGACGUGGAUCUUCCUCGGGAUAAUAAUACCGACCCCAAAGUUGGAAUUCACCACCUCAAACCUUGGACCCAGUAUGCCAUUUUCGUCAAGGCCAUCACCCUUCGGGUGGAGGACAAACACAUUCCCGGCGCGAAGAGUGACAUCAUAUACAUCCGUACACGCCCAUCGCUGCCGACUGUGCCCAAGGAAGCCCGUGCCUACGCCAAUUCCUCCACCAAGCUGCUGGUCAAGUGGUCGCCGCCUCUCUUUCCCAACGGCAACCUGACCUACUAUCUGGUUCGCUGGCAGCAGCAGCCAGAAGACCGCGAGCUCUACCUGCACAACUAUUGUUCCAAAGAGCUGAAGAUCCCAAUCCGGAUUCCGGCGAUGGGAUUUUCCGACAUGGAGGAGAUCACCAAGCCCACCAAGUCGGACCUGUCGGGGCCCAAGAAGGGUCCUUGCUGCGUUUGUCCCAAAACUCCUGAGGAGAAGGACCGGGAAAAAGAUGACCGUGUCUUUUUUAAGCGCUUUGAGAACUUCCUUCACAAUGCCAUCUUUCUGCAGAGACCUCAAGAGCGUCGUCGUCGGGAUCUUUUUGGCCUGGCAAACGGCACCGUGUUACCCGAGGGCGCCAGCGGGGGCAACGGCUCCAGCGUUAACAGCACGUACGGGAUCCCUCGCAGGAUGGAGUUCCCCUUCUCCGUGGACAAGAGCACCUCGGAGAGCUUAGAGAUCCCCAACUUGAGGCCCUUCACCGUCUACCAUAUUGACAUCCACGCCUGCAAUGAGGAAGUGGGCCACUGUAGCGUUGGCGCCUUCGUCUUCGCCAGGACCAAGCCCGCAGACAAAGCCGACGACAUUCCCGGGAAAGUGCUCUUUGAGAUGAACGACAAGAUGGAAGGUUGCGUGCUGUUGCAUUGGCCCGAGCCCGUCAUGCCCAACGGCCUCAUCCUGAUGUACGAGAUCAAGUACCGUUUGGGAGCCGAGCCCGAGAAGCACGAAUGCGUAUCUCGCGAGCAAUACCGCAAGCACCAAGGUGCUCGCCUCAGCAACCUGGGCUCGGGGAACUACUCGGCCUACGUGCGAGCCACGUCUCUAGCGGGCAACGGCUCCUGGACGGAAAGCGUGUCCUUCUACGUUCCUCCUCCUAAACGAGACAACGACGUGGCGCUCUAUUUGAUCGUCAUCAUUCCCAUCCUUGUGGUUCUCUUCGUCGUCGGACUUACCACCAUUCUCUUCUUUAUAAACAAAAAGAGGAAUAGCGACCGACUAGGGAACGGAGUCCUUUACGCAUCGGUCAAUCCGGAAUACUUCAGUGCCGCAGAGAUGUACGUCCCGGAUGAGUGGGAAGUGGCAAGGGAGAAGAUCACCAUGCACCGGGAGCUGGGCCAGGGUUCCUUCGGCAUGGUGUACGAGGGCAUGGCCAAAGGUGUGGUGAAAGACGAGCCCGAGACGCGAGUGGCCAUCAAGACGGUCAACGAGUCGGCCAGCAUGAAGGAGCGGAUUGAGUUUUUAAACGAGGCCUCCGUCAUGAAGGAGUUCAACUGCCACCAUGUGGUGAGGCUUCUGGGCGUGGUCUCUCAAGGACAACCCACUUUAGUGAUUAUGGAACUGAUGACCAGCGGAGAUCUUAAGAGUCACCUGCGCUCUCUUCGUAAAGAGAACACCAACAUCCAGGUCUUGCCCCCGCUCAAGAAAAUGAUCCAGAUGGCGGGGGAGAUCGCUGAUGGGAUGGCGUACCUCAAUGCCAACAAAUUUGUCCACAGAGACCUGGCGGCCAGAAAUUGCAUGGUGGCGGAAGACUUUACGGUGAAGAUUGGAGAUUUUGGCAUGACCAGGGAUAUUUACGAGACGGAUUACUACCGAAAAGGAGGAAAGGGGCUGCUGCCCGUUCGCUGGAUGUCACCCGAGUCGCUGAAAGACGGCGUGUUUACGACCAUGUCUGAUGUCUGGUCGUUUGGCGUGGUUCUGUGGGAGAUCGCCACCUUGGCCGAGCAGCCCUACCAGGGCAUGUCCAACGAGCAAGUGCUGCGCUUCGUCAUGGAGGGAGGACUCCUGGACAAGCCUGACAAUUGUCCCGACAUGCUGUUCGAGCUGAUGCGGAUGUGCUGGCAGUACAACCCCAAGAUGCGUCCGUCCUUCCUGGAGAUUAUCAGCAGCAUCAAGGAGGACCUGGACCCGCCCUUCCGGGAAGUGAGCUUCUUCUACAGCGAGGAGAACAAGCCGCCCGACACCGAGGAGCUGGACAUGCAGGUGGAGAAAAUGGAGAACAUUCCGCUGGACCCCGCCUCCACCAUCCAGCCUCCGGCCGCCGCCCCGUCGGCGGGGUGCGCCGCCGGCACGCCGCCGCCCUCCUCGGCGCAGCCCGCCGUCGCGCAGGGUCCCGCCGGUUCUUUUUUGAAACCCGGGUCUCCCGUCUCGGGGCCCUCAGACAGCAAGCACGCCGGAGCAGCGGCGGCGGCGGCCAACGGGCCCGUGGUGCUGCUCAGGCCCAACUUUGACGAACUGCAGCCCUACGCCCACAUGAACGGCGGCAGGAAGAACGAGCGGGCGCUACCCCUGCCCCAAUCGUCGGCCUGCUAAUAUCGCCCCCCCCCCCCAACCUCCUACACAGGGUAACCCAAAUCUCUCCAGCGUCUCCAUGAAGUGACUUCUUCGACAGGAGAGAAACAGAGAGAUUCGGCGUCUUUGUUACAUCCUUCAAGAAGGAAAUCAAAAGACUUAAAAACACACAAAAGACAUUUUUUAAGCAUAUCUGCCAGUAAACAUCAACAGAAGAGCACUUUUUUUUUUCCCCCGAGAGAGGACGUUGUGGAGUGUGUAUUUAUAUAUAUAUAUCGAUUCUUUCUAUAAUAACAUUUCUUUUUUUUUUUUGUAAUGUUUCACAUCAGUGGACUUUCCUUGGACAUUUCAGACAAAAAAAAAAAAAGCGUGUGACUGGAAGAUGUGUUGUGUCUUUAAAAGAAAAUAAUAACACUAAGUUGCCAAAAGGAGACUGUGCUUCGGAGUAAAAAGCAUUUUGCAUUCAAUGGUCAAAAAUGACGACAAAUAUAACAAAGUAAAUGACUCCCAUUUUUACCCCAAAAAAACGUUACACUCAAGCAACACUAACAAGACAUUUCGAGGCCAACACAAAGUAGAGUUUUGGUUACUGUGGUGACCACUACUUGUUUAGCCCCAAGUCUCAAACAAAGUGAGCAACCCGCAAGAACGGUCAAACAGUAGAUUGUAUUUUCACUUGCGGAGGCACAAAAUUAGCGUGGCGCUUCAAAAUGAUACUCUUAGUCAAACACGACGAGAGGAGACAUUUUGAUGAAACCUUUCUAAAAUGUUGAGUACAGUAUAA